AUGUCUGACAGCAGUCCCCACAACUCUCCGAGACCGCGCUCAAAGACUCCUCCUAAACGAAUUUCUCUCUUCCUCCGGGGGCUUGUAAUUUCCAAUUAGUCAGAAGAAAUCAAAGACACCGACCUUCGCGAAUUCUUUUCCAAGUUCGGCGAAAUCCGCGAUGUUUACAUUCCAAAGGAUUAUUACACUCGUAAGCCUCGAGGUUUUGGCUUCGUAGAAUUCCUCAACUAUAAUGAAGCCAAAGAGGCUUUGGAAAAAACUGAUGGUACUGAGGUCUUGGGAACCACAGUAAAAGUGGUGUUUGCAAGAGAAGAGCGAAAAGCAGUAACUUUAAUUUUAGCCAGAUGAUAUGAGAAGGCGUGAAAGAAGAUACAGGCGCUCUCGAUCACCAAGAAGAAGAUCUAGAAGGUAUUUGCUAUGCAGCCGGACACCUCCAAGAUAUAGAAGAGAUAGAUCAUAUUCGUCUUCAAGGUAA